AUGAAAUUAUUUCGAAAGGAUAGUUUAGUUCACACGCACUCUCCGAUCCCACAAAUUGCUUCUCCGUGUUUUGAAAAGAUCAAAGCGACGACUCCGCACUUAGAGACUGUAUAUCUUAUGAAUGUGAUACCAUAUUUCAAUUCCCUCUCAGACGUCCAGAAGUUUGUCUUUGUCUCGCGUCGGUGUUACUCCGCGACGAAACGUCUUAAAAUGAAUCCGUUUUAUUCGAAGAAGGAGCCUUCGACCAAAAUACGUAUCGAGUCUCUUCGCAAAGAAGUGAAGUACUUUAUGGGCAUUGAGACCUUUCUAUGUGAUCUUGAAAUGGUUGAGAAAUUGAAGGAGUAUCAGAUGAACAAGAUCUCGUGUUAUGCGAUCUACGGGAAGGUGAUUUACACCAUACCCAAUUUACUCGAAAUCGCUCCGAAGAUCACCGAGUUCUCCUUUUACGUCGAUUUAGACCUUCAACUUCCCAUCAAGAAGAUGGAACGAUUAAAGACACUUCGGAUUGACAUGAAUGGCAAUUCAGAGAUGAUGUUCUUCGACGAGUACAUGUCGGGCAUAUUCGAGUGUUUACAAGUGUUUCAGUUCUUCCAUCAAUUAGUGAUCGAGUGUAAUGGCUCCGAAGUGAAGAAAGUUGUUACUUUGAUCCAGAAAUACCCUUGGCAGAAGGCGACGGUGAUCAUUAAGAUAUUCGAGUUACACGAGGAGUACAUCAGUUACGUCCAAUCAGUCAAAGAGAAGUACUUAACCUUCUGUUGUCAGUCAAACGACUUGAAAGAGUCGUUAGUGCACUUAAUUGUCCCGCCACUGUAUGACGGGCCAAACAGUUUAUCGUUCAACUCGGAGGUGCUCCAGCAGCCUAUGUUUCUGAACAUCUCUGAAAAGUUUUAUCUGAAGAAGAUGAGCUGUUUUGGGUUCUUAUUAUUUCCAUUACCGAAAAUCGAUAUCAAUUUAUUUAAGGCAAUUUCAUUGGAGGAAAUCACUUUCUCGUCGACGGCAUUCACAGAAACGGUGUCGAUUAUCCUCCCAAUCUCUUUAAAAACGUUAAUACUGAAAAGUUGCUCAAAUUUGUUAUUAGCAAAUUUGGAUAAGAUCUGCGCUAGUUGUCUUGUUGUGGAUAGUUGCUCGACGAUUCAAUCACUGUUCUUACCAUCUUCUUUGACGUAUUUGGAAAUCAGAUCAACACCUAUUAAGACACUUCUCAACUUGGAAACAAUCGGAUUAGCAUCUCUGUCGUUAGUCCGGUGCGAGACACUCGAAACUAUUACAGUGCCCAAGACGUUAACAGCACUCAGUGUUUAUUGGUGCGACUCACUGACUAAAAUACUCAAAAUAGAACAGUCAAAAUUGAAUAAUGCUGAUUUCUUUCAUUGCACACAACUCGGAGAAUUAAUCUUACCACCGUCCGUACACUCUUUAUACUCUACUUUCUGCCCUAAAGACUUCAUCACAAACAAAACAAAACUGUCACUACUCUCAAGCAAAAUGUUUUAUUAA